UACUGGACCGGGUUGACCGGUCGAACCGGGAGACGAGCACCGACUGUCGGCUCGGUGUCCAGAAGAGGGCCCCCCUCGGGCUUCCACUUCGCCUCUCUCGUCUCUCCACCUUCGCGCCUCUCCGCUCGGCCGACCAACCACCGCGCCGCCGCCGCCUCCUCCUUCUCCGCCGCCUGCGGCUCCGGCUACGGCGAGGACGCCACCCCGCACGCGGCCAAUCGGAACGGACGCCGCUCCAGUUCACAGCUGAGGAACCUCUGGGAGAGAUUUGGGGGGACCUUGGCUUUCAUCGCGGCAAGAGAGAAGAGAGUGAAUUCUGGUUCCUUUUGGUACCAGUGCUCGGUAUGGACAGGGGUUUGAUGUUCCUGGUGCGAAGAGCUUUGACGGUUCGAAACCCGAACCAGACCUUUAGCUUGCGCUGCUUUUGUUCUCCCCCUAUGUCCCUUUCCCCUCCCUCCAAUGGUAAACUCUUUGUUGGUGGACUGUCGUGGUCGGUUGAUGAGAAGUCCUUGCAAGAUGCUUUCUCUUCGUUUGGGGAGGUCACUGAAGUUAAGAUUUUGUACGACAAAGACAGUGGCAGAUCAAGAGGCUUUGGUUUUGUUUGUUUUACAAACCAAGCUGAUGCUACAUGCGCAAAAGAUGCCAUGGAUGGGAAGGCAUUGCUAGGCCGGCCCUUAAGGAUAAGCUAUGCUCUUGAAAAGGUUCGUGGUGCUCCAGUUGUCGUCCCUCGCCUCUCAAGUAAUGGUGAUGCCACCAGUCUGAAGCGGUGAUCUUUUCUGCUUGAGAUCAAGACUGGUCUUGGCCAAGGAAGUGGAUCAACUUGCCCGGUGAAAAGGGAAAUGGCUGUAAUCCAUAUUUAUGAAGCUUGAUCUUGCUGGAGGGUCAAAUACUGAUGAAGCUUGGUUUUCAAUUACCUGGAGGAUCUAUUAGUGAGAUCUAAUCAUCAGCUAUUUUGGUAACUGUGCCAAUUCGCCUUUUUACCUCGCGGUAAUUAUGGUGAUAGGCUGUGGAGGGCCAUGAGUCAUGCUAGUCGCUGGAAGCCAUAAGCAUGCCUUAGUGGGUACUCAUUGAUAACCUGUGCUGGUGGGGAUUGAUGCUCUCAUUGAGAAACUUGAUUAUUGUUCGAUGAACGAUUGGCCCCUACUGCUUAUGAGGCUGCAAGUGUUAUUCUCUCUUUCUAGUCUUCCAUCUGUUCGCCGUGAUAUUUUCUUUAUUGCUGUAGGAAUGCUUGAUCAGCUACGUUCUAAAAUUUGUUCAUGCUACUCUUUUGUUCUCCAA